AUGUUCAAUAGCAUAAAUCAUCCUCUGGUUCAAAGUUUCCAAACUUCAGCCAAUUCUUUUAAUAGCAAACACAACAAACCCCAACGAUUUGUGUUUCGGAAUGGAUUGAGAAUAGAAGAUAAUUUAGCAAACAAAGCUCCUAAGACUGCACGCAUAGAUGAUUUGGUUGGAAGAAACCGUUUCAAGGAAUCAGAUGCUCCAGUACUUACGUUCACUGCCACGUACACACAAUUGCAUGGAGAGCCUCCCAAGUCAACCACAAGGUUCAGACGGUGCAAGAUAUUAUAUUUCACAGACGAUGACGAAAUCAAAGUUUAUGAGCCAUCACAGAGAAAUAGUGGAUUUCCUGAGGGAUGUAUAGUCAGCAAAGGUCGGUACUACAAGCCGGAUGGAAGUGGGUACUAUACAAUGGACGAUUUGAAUGUAGGAGAGACUCUUGUACUGAACGGCAGAGACUACAAAUUGCUGAGUUGUGACGAAUUCACUAGAAAGUUUCUCACUGAAAUGGGGUACAGAAUACGAUCACCGGAAGCGGAAGUCACCGACCCGAUGACAGAAGACCGAAAUGAGGCAAAUGUUCCAAAGUCGUAUCGGCAGCCAUACAUCAAAGACUACAAACAAAAACCAUUCUAUGAAAAUCACCCGAAGAGACUUCGUUUCUACGGUUACUACGGAGAAGCAAAGAACUUAUUUGAAGAAAUACGACAGGUCACUUUAUAUUACGAUUUAUCCAACAGCAGCAUUAAAAUUGUUGAAGCCCGAACAAAGACAAAAUGGAUUGAUGGUAGAUUGGAUACAAGAGUGCUUCUUAGACCCACGAAAGUCCCGAAACCGGUUGGUAGAAAAAGAACUGUGGAGUAUUUGACAGACGAAGAUCUUGAUUUAGGCGUAAUAAUAAACAUCUUUGGAACCAACGUAAUAUUAGUUGAUUGUGAUGAUUUUACAAAGAACUAUUAUCGUUACACGUAUAACAGAGAGCUAAAAACAGUAAUAAAUAUGGAGGAUGAUGCAGCUGAAUACAGUGAUCCAAAACACGUUCUAAGGUCAUUGGAUGAUUUUCCGCUCAUACGAAAUGAGGUCAAUUUACUCAAAUUUUACCAAAAUGACAAAUGUGGUUAUGAGAUCAGUGAAUUGAAAUUCCUAGCUCAAAUAAUAAAUACUGAUGAUCCAGUAGAAAAGGGACGUCGGUUUUUGGUGCGGUGGUUCUUGGAAGAUGAUACAAUGGAUAUAAGAGCACUUGAUUUGGACUUCGAAAAGACAAGCAUAAUGGAGCACAAAUAUCUGAAAAGAAUGAGAAUAAUGAGACCAGGUUCAACAGUUGGAAAAUUCGGGCAAUGUUACUAUCAAUCUUGGGAUCUGUUUGUUGGAAGUGUUAUAUUCGUUCGUGGAAAAUCGUACAAGCUAACCGAUGCAGAUGAAUAUACUUAUGACUACAUGGAGAGACACUGUGAUCAAUUUCCAUAUUCAAAUAUCAAAGCUGUCCUAGACUCUGUUAGAAAAUGGAUACCAGAUAAAUUUCCUGAUUUAAAAUCGAGGUUUGAAGAGAAAGAUUCAGAAAAAUCUGGUAAUAUAACUUAUGAGGACUUCAGAAAUGCAAUAACAGACGUGUUAUCCGAUGAACUUUCUAAAAACUAUCCAGAUCAUGCCAUUAAAACUCUCGCACGAUAUUACUCAGAAGAAGAUUAUAUAGGCCUUCGUCUGAAAGAUUUAGUAGCCAAAGUGAAGACUGAGUUGUACAGAAAGAAGUUUUAUGAUUUUAAUGAUCUCAAACUCAACUUUGCUCAUCAUGAUGAAGAGAAGAUUGGACAUUUGAAACCUGAUAGGAUUUACUACGUAUUGAGAACUUCAUCUUUGCCCUUGGACAGAGAUUUACUGAAAAGUUUCAUUUAUAAAUUUCCAACAAAAGAAGGCUUGAUUAAUUAUAAUGAAUUACUUGAAGCAUUAGACUGGAUAAAUAAUUACGGCGGAUAUGAAACUCAAGAACCUUCAGUAAUACAGAUCAAUUGGGAAAGGACGGAAAAAGAAAAGAACUUAAACAAGAUUAAAUAUAUUUGUUUCCUGAACGAUAUUCUUCCCUAA